UGCCGGGCGGGCCGGCCGGGGAGUGCGGGUCGGUACUGCGCGCGCUGCCAGCUGAGGCUCCUGCCGCCGUGACCCGCGCUCCGCCUGCCGCCGGGCUGGGACCCAGGUAGCUAAUGUCAGAAGAAAGUGAUUCUCAGAGAACCAGCCCCUCCGUGGCCUCACUCUCCGAAAAUGAGCUGCCGUUGCCUCCCCCUGAGCCGCCCCGCUAUGUGUGCUCACUGACAGAGGACCUGGUCACCAAAGCCAGAGAAGAGCUUCAGGAGAAGCCUGAAUGGAGACUCCGGGAUGUGCAGGCCCUUCGAGACAUGGUGCGCAAAGAGUACCCAUACCUGAGCACGUCGCUUGACGACGCCUUCCUGCUGCGCUUCCUGCGGGCUCGAAAGUUUGAUUACGACCGGGCCCUGCAGCUGCUAGUCAACUACCAUGGCUGCCGGCGAAGCUGGCCAGAGGUCUUCAGCAACCUAAGGCCCUCAGCCCUGAAAGACGUUCUUAACUCCGGAUUCCUCACAGUGCUGCCCCACACGGAUCCCAGGGGCUGCCACGUCCUCUGCAUCCGGCCAGACAGAUGGAUACCGAGCAACUACCCAAUCACUGAGAACAUUCGAGCCAUAUACUUGACAUUGGAAAAACUCAUUCAGUCCGAAGAGACCCAAGUGAACGGAAUUGUAAUUCUCGCAGACUACAAAGGCGUGAGCCUAUCAAAAGCAUCUCAUUUCGGCCCUUUUAUAGCCAAAAAGGUGAUUGGCAUCCUUCAGGAUGGCUUUCCCAUUCGGAUAAAAGCAGUCCACAUAGUGAAUGAACCUCGGAUAUUUAAAGGCAUUUUUGCCAUCAUAAAACCAUUUCUGAAGGAGAAAAUAGCAAACAGGUUUUUUCUCCACGGGUCUGACCUGAACUCUCUCCACACAAACCUUCCAAGGAAUAUUCUCCCCAAGGAGUAUGGGGGCACAGCUGGAGAGCUGGACACUGCCACCUGGAAUGCGGUACUGUUGGCCUCAGAGGAUGACUUUGUAAAAGAGUUCUGCCAGCCUGUGCCUGCCUGUGACAGUCUCCUGGACCAGCCACUGCUGUCUGAAGGACUGAUCUCAGAUGCGCAGUGUGAUGACUCCAUGCGAGCCAUGAAGUCCCAGCUCUACUCCUGCUAUUAGCACUCUUUCGGGAGAGUCACCAUGUAUAAUUCCUUCAUUCCUUAGAAAUACACAGGCUUAAGAUGCCAAUGCCUCAGUCUUGCUCCAUCUUUAUGCAUCGAUGGAGCUGCCUACAGAGAUUCAAGGGUGAGCCCAUAACAGGCAGACCUUUGACUACCUGGAUUAUUCCAGGGAAGAAAGACAAGGAAACAAACAGCCCUACUGAUUCUCAAAUGGUUUCGACUGCUAGUCUGGAUAAGCUGCCUGUAUCUGUUUCUUAUGCAUCUUGGUAGCAACCAGGGUCAGUCACCUGAAAUGGCUACGAGAAGACAACUGGAUUGAUCAUGACUCUGAAGCAAUCUGCCAAUCCUGAAAAGUGGCCACAUAUGAAACUGUUGAGAGUCUCUUUCCCAAUAACCCUAGGUGUUGGCUUCUGUUGCUCUCAGCAAAGUUCAAGGUUCAGGCCCCAUUUGUUAGCGCUGGGCCUGGAAAGCACUGUACACUGAGAAGUAGAAAUACCAGGGCCCAAGCAGUGCUUAAAGAUCAGAUUUGGAAGCCACGUGCUUCAGAGCAUCCCUGGGAUUCCAGGGUUGAAUCUCGCAAUAGAAACUUUUCCCAAACCCAUAAAGCCUUAGCUCUGUUCGUCAUGGGAUCAUGCAGGUCAACAUAAAAUCCUAGAUUCUUAGUACUGUGUGGCUACGGAGUCAGGUAUGUGACUGAACAAGACAGGGACCUCAGCUUUGUCAUCUCCAAGGUGAAGCUAUAUGGAAUGGGAACCUCUGGGGCUGCUGAAGUUGUUAGGAUUCCUGCUUGGAAAGAUGACUGCCUAGAGGUGGUUGGCUCUUGUUUUUGUUCUUUUGGUUUUUUUUUUUUUUUUUUUGGUGAUACAUACACAAGCCUUAUGUAAAGGAGUGUCACUAUUUGGCCAGGCCUUUGGUGGUAACCAACUGCCUUUGCAGAAUGAUGGGUAAAUUUGCAAGGGAUGGCUUUUGUGGGGCUGGCCAAAUCUUGUACAAACUCCUUCCACCUUGGAAACACUAGUAGUAGAAACAGUCACAGUAAUUUCCAGAUCUGGGCUUCUUCUAUUUUUGUGUCUGGAAACACACUGGGGCAGGUUAUUAUUGCUGGUUCACCUGGAGGCCCUGCCAAGUGUUUGUCUAUCGUGGAAUGACCAGUUGGCCAGAAUGGUAGUUUUGCAUUUAGGCACUUUAGAUAACAAGAUUUUAGCCUUAACCCCAGCAUUGAGUGAAGAAAUUUAUCUACUGGAUUUUGACCUGUUUCUUUGGUAUUCAUCGUGAAUUAUUUUGUUAAAUAGCAUAUGCUGUUGGUUGUGUAUUUACUGGACUAAGUAGGCAUUCCACACAGCUUACAGACAUGGCCUUGAGAUUCGAAGGUCAGUCGAUUGUUACUAAAUUUCCUAAAACAUCUGCAGAAGUUCCUAAUGGAAACUUAACAUAAAGAUGCCAAUUCUGGGGGACAUUCUUUUCACCAUAGAUGCUAAUCCUUGAUCUUCUAAGUCCUGACUGAGCUUAAGUGCCAAAACAUGCCCCUCUUGACUGCCCAGAGACCAUUUACUACUACCGAGUUUCUGCUAUUUGGUUUAGCUCCUGCCAGAUUUUCUGCCUAAAGAGAUGACCACCCACACACCUGAAUAGACCCGUGAUGGCUCUGAACCCAGCAACCUGGGUGAGAGAAUCUAUUAGAAGCUUAUUUAUGUCCUAAGGAGGGAGAGAGCACAAAGAAAAAAUAGACAAAGGGAAAGAUGAAUUCCUCAACCCUGCCAGGUUCUCUGGUCUAAAUCCUGUCACAUGACUAGCUUUGUCUUAGUUGUUUGCCAAGCCUUUCUGGUUAAGCCAAGGGGGAGCCAUUCCCAUCAAGCCUCUGAGAGCCUGGGACUGCUGUCCCCACAAGCUGUUGUGCUGCUUGCUGACUCUAAAAGGUCAGUCUUAGCAUAUCCAGUUUGAAGCAGGCUGUGAGACCAGGACCUCCUGGUGCAAAAUAAAGCAGCUCCUGUGCUGAGCAGCAGGUGAGCCGCAGAGCCUCAGCGGAAUGGGGAAACUCUGGUGGAGGCAGCAGGUGAGCAGCAGGGGUCCAGGAGAGCCUGAGUGGAGAGGAGCACACUGGUAGAGGCAGCGGGAGAGCAAGAACUCAGGAGCAUCUAACUUUAGGGAAAAUCUCUACCCGUUUCACAGACAGCAAAAUGAACUUUUCCUAAAACUCAAGGUUUUGGGUGGUGUUGGGAGGAAAAUUAGAUAGUGAAAUAGAAGUGGGUUCCAGCUUUAUCUUCCUACAUGGCCUUGAAUGUACCACUUGACACCCUUGAUCACUGGAAAGAGAGGCUUGUAUGCUGAACUCUGAAUCCUGUCCCUAAAUGGCUCUCUGGUCACAAGGACACUCUACUUGUUUUUUAAGAACAAGGUUAUUUAGGAAUGUAGGUCAAGCCAGGCGUUGGUGGCGCACGCCUUUAAUCCCAGCACUCGGGAGGCAGAGGCAGGCGGAUCUCUUUGAGUUCGAGGCCAGCCUGGUCUACAAGAGCGAGUUCUAGGACAGCCUCCAAAUGUAGAUCAAGUAAUUUGGUGCUGAAAUAUGCUAGUUUAGGAAUAUGAGAAUUUUCUUCUCUUGACCAAGUCCACUAUAGACUUCCACUAAGUUCAGUUCCCUGAAACCUAUUGUUCCAUUAUGGAGGGAUAAGAUAAAAAUCUACAGAAACAGCCAGAAGUGCUGGCUUCCGACCUUGGCUUUCUCUGGGCAUAGGAAAAUUCAGGCAUUCCCUCUGAGUAUCUGAGACAGCUUUAUUACCCAGCAGGCAGUUUAGGCAGAUGUCAUUUCAUCCUUCUGGUCAUUCAUGAAACUUGGCUCUUUCAUUUGGGCAGCAACAGCUACUGCUGUUGUGGCACCAUUACAAUACCUCAUCUUGAAAUCUCCUUUAGGAAGGAAAACAUUUUUAACUCAGUUGAUGCAAGUGUAGCUGUCCUAUGGUCAUUCAGGCUGGAACACCAAUGGGCUGCUCAGAACAGCCAGCUAUCUUGCUAAGGCUUCUCAGUAUUGCUGUCUGUUCACUUUGCAAAUUUCUUUCUGCUCUCCUGACUCAAAUGCUCAGCUUCAAACCAAGAAGCACCACCAAUACUUCUCCAUGGGAGCUUGCUCCACAGGAAGGCCCAGUAUAAUUUGGCUGGAGACGAUCACAAGUUUGCUGGUUUUCAAUUACCUGGGGUCCUGUGUGUUUUCAAUCUCAUUGGAGGCUUUUCCCAUCAGGCAGUUAAGUGGGGGCUACUUUGGGGUCUCCCAUAUGCUCCUCGCCUUCUUGGCAUGGUACACAGGAACCCAACAGGUAAAAUACUUGAAACUUUUCAGUGGCCAAGACCUCAGACACCCUUCUGAUGGGCGGAAAUGGGGCUGUUUUCCUGAGCAGUCUAGGCCACUGUUUUAGCCCUGGUCACGUUCCUUACUUCAAACUGAAAUUCAGUUUGACUUGAGUAUAGGCACAUAUGGUGGAUUCAUCUACUUCAGUGUUUGUUUUGACCAAAGUUUAUUUUUCUAGUGCAUUUUUCUAAGUGGUGAAAUAUGUAAUUUUAGUAUGCAUGACUGAAUCUCCAACAAUAAAAAUCUCUGUAAGGCUGA